AUGAGGUGGAUCUUGAACAAAGGAUGGGGACUUGGGAAGAAAGUUCUGGUGACUGGUUUGGUAAUUUCUUCUGCCCCAAUUGUUCUUCCGCCGCUUGUGGUUAUUUCCGCAAUUGGGCUUGCCCUUUCUGUUCCAUCCGGCAUUAUCUUGGCAAGUUAUGCUUGCAGUGAGAAGAUCAUGAGCAAGUUACUUCCAUAUAGUGAGCCGCCUCCUUUGUUGGAAAAUAAUGUAACGUUAAUGUCGAAUAACGAAGAAUUGCAGCAUGACGAGGAAUGGGAACGGGGUAUGUGGGUAGGAGCGAAGACUGAUAUCGAAAAGGAAGAAGGAUGGGAUUGGACGGAUCGACUCGAAGGCCGUGAGAUGAGAGUUGAAUUUGUUGAUGAGGAAACUGGUGACAUUAUUGAGGAGGCUGCGCAAGGAAAUGUAACUGAAGAUGUGGGUGAAAUUGAAUUUGUAGAAGAAAAUGGAUAUGAGAGGGACGUAGAUGAGUCUACGGAUGAGGAGGAAAAGCUAAUAUUGGAUAGUAUUUAUGAGGUGAAAAUUAAAGGAUUGAGUGAGGAUUUUAAGGAUGAUUCCGUACUAGAUGAGAAUCAAGUCGAUGAGGUGUGUGGAUUAGUGUUCAAUGUAAUUGAGGGUGAUGUGCAAAUGGGAGUGAUACCCACUGAAGGGACUACCGUAGCAAUCAAAGAAAGCGAGGGUCAAGAAAGAGUAAAUGAUAUAGUAGAAGAGGCGGAGUUGGUGGAAGAGACGAGGGGCUUGCUAGAAAAAAUUAGGGAUGAAGGCAACACUGAUAAUGCAAUGGAGAUGGACAAGCGAGAUUGA